ACAUUGUAGGAACUCUUCCAGCUUCUGCUAUGGACCACGGAGCUGCGAUGCUUUAGAAUCUCCCAACCCAACCUUGACAUAUCGAAACUGAACCUAUGCUCAACCUCGCUGGUUGUACUGUUCAAAGCCAUGAAUACUCCAAGUUACACUGAUGUCUCGACAGCCCUCAUAAGCCUCGACCCCGACGAUACCUUCUCCGGCGUUGCCGAGGACAAAACGCUUCGUUGUUCGAACGAUAUCCCGCACUACCGUCUGUGGGAAGCCCGAGCCUUGGUACAGCAAGAUUCAAGCGGAUACACCCACAGAGAGCACGUUAAGCGUGUCAAAGACAUCAUUGCACUACUAGUCUGUGAGGAACAUCAGUGCAACAAGUCUUACACGUACAAGGACGCAGUCCGGGACAAGUGGCAGUCGGAGUUUCCUGAAUUUGAUUUCAAACUCCUCACUAGAUCUCGGUACUCCUUAUCGUCCUCGAGAGGCUCUACUCCAGCCGGCGCAAGUCCGAAUACGCCUUUGACAAGGUCACCGUCUUUUCGCAGUACGCCUCCAACGAGCUUGACGCCAUCUCGAUCCGAGCAGCAGACUCCGGUUUCAGGCUCAAAUAGCCGGCAGGUGCCGCUCUCCAGUGACGACCAACAACACUCCGGAUCGGGCAUGUCGCAGCAGCAGACAAGCGACACAGGCUUACGAUUGUUGCCGCCUCCGCGCUUCGCUUUGCCUGUGAGUGUCGGCGAGGGGCCAACUGUGUCGGGGCCCAUCCACGAUGAACUUCCGCAACAGACGCAGGACGAAAUGGUUGGAGUCGAGGCAGAACCAGGUAACAAUGCGAAUGACGUCUUCCAGCCAACGCCAGUCGAUGGGCGAAGCACUGAUCCAGUGCCAAGAGUAGAGCAGGAAGUCACGUCCAGCCGCCGCUCGUCGCGAGGAAACAGAGCACCGAGCAGUAGGGGCGUCUUUCGCCCAGGCGACGCAUCUUCAUGGUCGCCAUGGACGAUCCGCUCAGAGGUGCGUUCACUGAUCCUCGAACCGCUUCCGAAGCCUAGAGACAAAGGCUGUCUUUACAUCAUCCAGAAUGCUAGAAGGACCCACGUCAAGAUCGGCUAUACCAUGCGUCCGUUCCGAACCCGAUUACAGGAGAUUGCGCGCGACGUUGGCGUGCCGCUCGAUCUCGACAACCCAUGGCAUCUCUCCGGGAUACCACACCUUCAACUGCUUCGUCUGGAGGCUCUGGUUCACGCAGACCUGGCAUUCUUUCAGCGGGAUCUAAUUAUCGGUAUGGGCAGUACGCGCAGAACACGCCGGGAGUGGUUCGAGGUUGAGAUGGCAGAUGCGCAGAGGACGGUGCGCUUGUGGUGGGACAUCAUGCGCAAGAUCCGUAUGGAGCCUGGAGUCGAGAUAGAUCCUUCGGCAUGUGAGGCCUUGACGAGCAGUUCCGCCUUCGAUGUCUCAAUGUCUGGUGUGGCGGACCAAGCGACUCCAUUUGCUGAUGUCAACAAUGAUCAUAAUGGGAGGAUUGAGAUGUGGACUCAACUUUUGCUUUCUCGGCGCACCAGCGGCCAUUUGCGCACAGAAUCGAUCCUCAAGUGGCUCGGAGGCUGCGUUCUCGUCCUGGGUUUGCCCACGCUUCUCGGCGUGGACACGGCAGCCGCUAGUACUCUUUCCUUCUUCUUGGUGGCCGUCUGGACCCGACAUAUGGCUUCGUCGUAGAUGAUGACUGUUGUUCGAGUUGCGCAGGGAUGGUGGCCCGGCUUCGCAUACUGCAUUGCAUGCUACAUCGCUAUAAUUCUCGACUGUACAUCUACAGCACUGAUGUGGGUGCGCUUUCGGCCCAAUGCUUCGUGUUUCCAAGCGCUAUGAUGC